UUUGAAUAAAGUUGUGUGAAAGAGCAAUGGCGGCGCCCAGUGUGAGCAUUUGGAGCUGGUUUGCGCCAGUCGCCUUCGGUGUGACCCUGUUAAAGUGUCUGCUUAUCCCUGCUUACUGAGGGCCUCUGCAGUCCUCUAUUGCUACCCAGGAAGCACAUUACAAUAUUCCUUAUUGUUGAAGAGCACCCAGCCUAUUUAAUGCAUCUAGCCAGUCAUUCAACAGACUUUGAAGUCCACAGAAACUGGCUGGCAAUUACUCACAGUUUACCUGUUUCACAGUGGUAUUAUGAAGCAACCUCGCAGUGGACUUUGGACUAUCCACCAUUUUUUGCGUGGUUUGAAUAUCUACUCUCCCUCAUUGCACAGUAUUUCGACAAGGAAAUGCUGGUUGUCCAGAACCUUAAUUAUGCCAGUAACGCAACAAUCCUAUUUCAGCGACUUUCAGUCAUCCUCGUGGAUAUUGUAUUUAUUUAUGGAGUAAUAGAAUGUUGUAAGUGUGUAAAUAGAACAAAAGAAUCAAAGGAAACGAUGGAGAGACCAGCUUUUAUACUUGCAGUGCUGUUACUUUGGAACUUUGGAUUAUUGAUUGUUGAUCAUAUUCAUUUUCAGUACAAUGGUUUCUUAUUUGGUUUGAUGCUUCUUUCUGUUGCAAGGAUGUUUCAGGGAAGACAUUUGGAAAGUGCAUUACUAUUUGCAAUCCUGAUGAACUUUAAACAUGUUUUUCUGUAUGUGGCUCCUGCCUAUGGUAUUUACCUACUACGUUCAUACUGCUUCACUGACGACAAACUAGAUGGAUCUAUCCGGUGGAGGAGCUUCAGCUGUUCCCGUCUUUUUGCCUUGGGAUUUAUAGUCUGCUCUGUUUUUGCUGUUUCUUUUGGGCCCUUCAUAGCCAUGGGUCAACUGCCUCAGGUGCUUGCACGACUUUUCCCCUUCAAGCGAGGUCUCUGUCAUGCAUAUUGGGCUCCAAAUUUCUGGGCUUUGUACAAUGUGGUGGACAAAGUAUUGUCUGUCAUUGAUGUAAAGUUACAACUACGGGAUCCUACCAAGCUUUCAAAGGCAUCAAUGACAGGAGGUUUAGUGCAGGAGUUCCAGCACACUGUCCUACCUUCUGUGUCACCAUUCACAACAUUGGUCUGUACAUUGCUUUCAAUAAUGCCUGCUAUUCUCCAUCUUUGGUUAAGACCUCGAGGACCGAGAGGGUUCCUUAAAUGCCUAAUCCUUUGUGCACUGGGGUCGUUCAUGUUUGGCUGGCAUGUGCAUGAAAAGGCCAUUCUCAUCGCUAUACUACCUUUGAGUCUGUUUGCUGUGGAAAGUAGAAAAGAUGCUGGAACAUAUCUCAUCUUAGUAACAACAGGGCAUCUUUCCCUCUUCCCACUCCUCUUCACAGGGCCAGAGAUGCCACUGAAAAUCUGCCUCAUGCUGCUGUUCACUGUAUAUAGUUUCUCUGCGCUGCAAGCUUUGUUCAGGAAAGAGGGAUCACUUCUAAACCUGCCUGAAUUCAUCUACCUCAGCGGUCUUAUUCCCCUGCAAGUUACUUGUGAGAUCAUUUAUCCCCUAACCCCCUGGCAGCAGAGGUUUCCCUUUGUGCCACUGUUGCUCAUCUCCGUAUACUGUUCACUAGGAGUUACCUACUCUUGGAUUAAACUGUACAUUUCAGUCCUGAGGGAGCCAAAGACUGACAGAAAGUUGAAAGAACAGUAGUCGAUGGACUAGCUUUUUCGCUUUAUUUGGAUGUAUGAAUAUGCUGUUAACUUGGAGUUACAAUACUGGAAUCAAGGCAUGGACACAAUACAGGAAUCAUGGUAUGGACACAAUACAGGAAUUAUGGCAUGAACACAAUACAGGAAUCAUGGCAUGGACACAAUACAGGAAUCAUGGACAUAAUGCAGGGAGCGUGGCCGUAGUCCAGUGUUGGGGCCUUUGUAGCUGUGAUGCCGACCUUAUUUUACUACAGAUUUUGAAAGCAUUAAUGCUGGGAGGGGCAUGAUAUUUCAAUUAUGGAUAUAUUUUCAGUACCCUUAAUAAUUGCAUGGUAUUGUGUCUUUGUUGAUGUUUAAGAUUAAUUUCAUUAGCCUGAAAAACUGUGUCCUGGUGAUUAAAGGUUUGUCUUUUUUUUUGUCAACCUACCCACUUUAUACCAUUGGAUGCUAAAUUCUUCCACUGUAUUUUGUGAUGCAAAAUUCAGUACUUUGUGACUAUUAAUUAUAUUGAUAGUGAAUUUUUAAAUAAUAGAUCAGCUUCACUCCUGCAAGAACUGCAUUAAUCUUUUUUUUAAGUUGAGAUAUACCCUAGACCUCCAAAAAUUUAUACAAGCCUGUCUUGGUUGAACAUUUUUGAAAAACUUCGACUGAUAUGUCAAUCGUUAUUUUUCUCUUGAGGACCAAAAAUGAUGUUAUGGAUAUCAGCUUAUGUGUAUGCUCCCCAUUAAUCUUUGUACAUUGUGAAUUGUAAAUGUAACAUGGAAAGGUGUUUAUUUUAUAAAUUGAAUCACAUUGGAGUAACUACAAUUCAAAAACAAAAGAAUUUAAGUGCAGAAUAAAUUUAUUUUCUUAUUUUGUAUAAAGGAUUACCAGUGAAAGUAGGAACACUUGAUUUGACAUAAUUCAGUCCCAAAUGGUUAUUGUGAAAUUCAUUUCAUAUCACUUAAAUAAAGGAGAUUGUUUUUU